AUGUCUGAAAGUCUUGACCAUUCGUUAUCGGCAAAUAACGAUGAGACAUUAAUGGACGAAGAUGAAGUAAAUAAAUUUACAACCACUUUAGACGAAUUCACGCCAGCGAUCCCUGAAAACGUAACAAAGUUUUACAUGAGACAGUGUGGACUAGAAACCGACGAUGAUCGUGUUGUGAAAUUACUUUCAGUUUCCGUGCAAAAGUUUAUGUCAGACAUUAUUAAUGAUUGUCAUCAAUUAAGUAAAUUGCGUCAAAAAUCCAGUAAUCGACCAACUGCAGCAGAGACAAGUACAGCAGCUACGACGAGUAUGGCUAAUGCUCAACCAUCUACUGUUGAGGCAGCUGCGGCAACUGUUGAACAAUCGACAAAUGCAGCUGGUAACAAAAAACCAGUUGUGACAACGAAUCAAACAUUAACUCUACACGAUCUAACGCAUGUUCUUGAUGAAUAUGGAAUCAAUGUAAAGAAGACAUUUUACUACACAUAA